ACACUACCAGCUAAAAGUAGUUUAGUUAGAAUUCUGCUGUUUUUUUGAUACAUGGUCUGUUUAGAGGUCAAAAUGAGAAAUGUAAAAGAAUCCCAAUUGUCCGUUAUGGACGAAUAUUUCGGAGUAUAUUUACAAUAUAAUAAAGAAUUUAGCUAAAUGUAUUUAAUUAUUAAUUUAUAUUCUAGAGCAUAGGCCUUUGGAGAAAGCCAAUAAUUAAAGGUAGUUCGUGUCUAUUUCGAGCAGUGGCCGACCAGGUAGAAAAAAAGAGUUCAUUUAUUUUUUUUGAAUAACGGGCGUGGUUGAAAUUUCGAUAUUGUGAUACCGCCCAACGCUCUUAUAUAUACUUGCUAAUAAAAUAUGAUAGAAAGGUUCUCUUAUUAUACAAAUAUGUGCUGGUUGUACAAGAGCGUCUUGUAUGUCAAAAAAAUAAAAAAAGAAUAUUUGUAAAAAAAAAAAGGGAGAAAACGUGAAAUUUUCACUCUUGAAAAAGAUAUUCCUUUUUUGUAAAGUCUUUAAUUCCUCCUUUUAGCUUUUGGUAGAUCAAACUCAGCAUUUGAACUUACGUAAUCAAUGCGUUCAAUUUAUGUCCGAUAAUAGUAGUAUAUUUGAAAAGGUUUGUACAUGCUUUUUUUUUAUUUGCUGUUCUGUUUUUAUGCUUUAUUUUUUUUUUUAAUAUUGAAAUGCGCACGUUUCCCUUAUGAGAUGCAUAAUCAAUUUAAUACCAGCUUUUACUCAAAAGUAUGUCAACGGUAACCUAGUCGGACACUUGAAGAAUUUACAAAAUCCUAAGGAAUGGGGCGGAACUUUAGAAAUGUUAGCCUUGUCGUUAAUUUAUAAACGAGAUUUUGUCAUAUUUUUCGAAGUUGAAAAGGAUCCAGUAAACAUUACAGAUCAAAACUUUCAGGAUAAAAUUACUUUGUGCUUGUCGAACGGUAAUCAUUACGACUGCGUUUAUCCGAGAAGCCAUCUGGACUCUUACGCUUUUUGUCAAUCGUUGGUGUUUGAAUUAUUAUACGAAAGCGUAUUUAAAGUGAAAGGAGCUGUAAAAAUUGCCCGUGGAAUGGUCGCUACUAGAUAUUCAAUAAUGGCAUCUAGAAAUGAAAGCUCCACAAAUUCGCAUAAAUCUAUCAAUGAAAAUGAGGCAAAAAAAGACGAAAAGAGGACAACUUCAACUGAAAAACCUGCAUUCUCAAUAAAGGUUGCAAAAUCUUUGGAUCCUGAAUACUAUAGAAAUGUUGAAUUUGACAAUUGUAAAGAAACUAAGAAAAACUCUAAAGCAAGAAAUUCGGCAAAUGGAAAAUUAGCGACAGAAAUCGAAUUUCUGCCUGGAGAUAAGUGCGAGAUUUCAUAUGAUGGUGAGACAUUUCAUGGCCACGUCCAACAGUUGUCAGCCGAUAAAGGGCCAGUUACAAUUUUCAUUGAGGAAAUAGGAGAGAAAAAAAUUGUCCCGUACAAUGCAGUUAAGAGGUUAGCUAGGAGGCGAAACAGUACGAGUGCGGUCUGUUAUCAAAAGUUGAGUGGGGAAACAGAUCAUGGACAGAACAAUAAUAACAAUAAUAACGGAUCUAGGAAGAAACAGAAGAAGAAAAAGCAGGAAGCAUUUCAUAUGAAUUUUGGCAGAAAUAAUACAGAAAGGAUUAAAUCCGAUAUGAAGACAUUAGAGGAUCAGUCAAUAAUACCCAUGAUGGUCGAUGAAAUGGGAAUGUGUGAUGACUCUCAUAUACGAGAGGGAAUGGAAAAUUUGAACUUUGCGAAUUGUCGAACUAGAUGUGGCAGUGAACCCAGAUCAUUUUGGGUAAACAAUUGGCAAGAUAAUGAUAUCCAUCAUUGUACAGCGGAGGAAAGCAUACCUCAAAUGCCUCCUAAUUCAGAAUUACUCAUUAACUAUCAAAUUCCACCAUCCGCUGAUCCAAAUGGCUCUGAUUUACCUUUCAAUGAUGUUGCAACGUUAAGAUAUUUCUUCAAUCUGGGAGUCGAAUGUCAUAGAUCCCAAAGCGUUCGAAGCAUACCUCAAGUAGCUCAGAUGCCUCCAAAUCCUUAUACUACUAUCUUAUGUGCACCUCCAGCAUCACAUAUGUAUAUUUCAGGUCAUGAACCAUUUGACAAUACAGGUGAGCGAAAAGAAGAUACUAACAAAGACGUACUGACAGACUCGGGUUGCGUAAGCGACGCUGGUAGCUCCGAUUCAGGACCUAGUCGAACUAAUCCGCCAACGAUUAAAAUAUCGAAAGACAUCCCUUACCGCUUUCAAAGGCUUCUUUACCCUAAAAUGUUGUCUGUUCAUUUGGAAGGCCAACAGCUUGUAAGAGCAGUUCCCCUAACAAAGCAGAAAAAAGAGGGGAAAAAAUCUAAUCCUACUUUGAAUCCUAAUGCUAACAGCUUCGUUCCCUCUAACCCAAAUAAUGUGACCUUUGCCGCAUAUACCGAAUCUAUUCCAACAUAUACUAUCCUCAUGGAUGGCCCUCCGCCAACAGGUGCCCGUGCGUAUAAUCCACCUCCAAUUCCGACACAAUAUCCUGUUUCCCAAGACUGUCAACCGCAUAUUGUUUACGCUCCAUACAGAACUUGCUGA